UCAGUCUGCGCCUUUGCACAACAAGUCCGCGCGCAUGGGAACAUGCUUCUGAGCUGGGAUGCUGUGAAAUCGCAAGCAUUGCAUAUGGAUGCAUUGUAUCAAAGCGCAUAGAAAGGACUGGAUUUAUCCACUGUUGGACCUUUCAAAGUGGACCAGCUCCUGUUUUUCAUAAUUCAAGGUAGAAGAUGGAUAUAUUCGUGAUUGGUGCUAGACAUUAAGACUGGACUUCAGAAGGGCUGUUGAACUGACCGGAAACUGAUUGUAGGUCUUUGGUUUUUGGAUGUAACAAGGAGCACAGUUAUUUUACCUAUCCAUAUCCUAUCAUAUUUAUCAUGACCUCUCUAACAGGGAAUAAAGAGAGGUCUGGGACCAGGAGCAGAAAACAUGGGAUGACAGAUUCCUCCCCUACGAAGUCGGCAGCAUUUUCUCCUGAAACCUGGUACCGAAAGGCUUACGAGGAAUCUAGGAGCGGCAGCCGCCCGGUCCCUGAGGGUGCUGGCUCCAUGCCCGGGUCCUCUGGAACCCCUUCUCCCGGAUCAGGAAUAUCAUCCCCGGGCUCUUUUUCCGGCUCCCCUGUUACUAUAUCGCCGGGGAUAAGCACCGGUUCGCCCGGUUCCUUAGGUGGAUCGCCUGGAUUCGGCACUGGUUCGCCAGCCUCGGGUAGCGGGAGCUCACCUGGUUCUGAACGGGGCAUCUGGUGCGAGAACUGUAACGCUCGGCUGGUGGAGCUGAAGAGACAGGCAUUAAAACUACUCAUCCCUGGACCCUAUUCUAGCAAGGAUCCAUCAUUCUCCCUGCUCCUCCAUGAUAAGCUGCAGGUGUCCAACAGUACCCGCAAGGCGUGGAACGAGCGUGACGGCCGCUGUGACGUUUGUGCCACCCACCUUAGUCAACUGAAGCAGGAGGCUGUCCACAUGGUGCUGAGCCUGGAGCAGUGUGACUUAUCUCCUGGCUCCCCUCCAUCUCUGGCCUCCCUGGUAAGUUCCCGCAGCAUCCUCCAAGGUCCCACGCCACCUCGAGACUGGGCGUACCUGCCUGCAGGGUACCAUUCAUCAGCUUCCUCCACCUCUGCUACCAAUCCUGCCACAACCGCCAGUUCUACCCUAACAACCACCAAUGGAAGCAACAGUAGCAGCCCUCACCACCCAGUUUACCCCAAACAUGGAUCCAAACCAAAUAGUUUGGGGGUGAGCAGUGGGAUGGACAAGAAAAACAGCUCCCAGUGUAAUGCAGGAAAGGUGACGGCAUCACCACAUCCCCACCUGCCCAGCAGCCCCAAUAACAGCAAUGGAACUUUGAGUUCAAUCCUGGAGGGCACCUGGACAUCUGGGCACGUGUCAAGAGCCAAUGGAGUCACACUUUAUCCUUAUCAGAUUUCACAGAUAGUGUCAGAAGGCAACAGAGAGGGUCUAAACGAGGCUGCGCUUAACCGCUAUAAUGCAGACCGCCCAUCUGCACACAGCAACCCUGCAGCUCCUCCUCCUGCCCCAGUCACCACAGCGCCCUCCAGUGGCACCUCUGCUGCGGCAUCCUUCUUUGCCAGAGCUGCCCAGAAAUUAAAUCUGUCUUCCAAGAAGAAGAAGCAGCGCCCAAUGCCCCCUGUGGUGUGUGAUCCACCCCCCUUUCCCACCAACUUCAGCGGUAUCCUGCACGUGUCUCCACCCCCUGCCCCACCGUGCCUCUUACGGGUAGUCAACAAAGUCAAAGACAACCCAGGCAUGGGCAAGGUUAAAGUGAUGGUACGAGUGUGUCCUUCAUCACCCACCAGUACAGCAGAAUCCAGCUCAUUCCUAAAGGUUGAUUCUCGUAGGAAGCAGGUGACCAUCAUGGACCCUGCAGCUAACUCUCAGCAGAAUCAAACUCAGAAACGCGGCAGCUCCAACCAGGUUCCUCCCAAGAUGUUUGCCUUUGAUGCUGCCUUCUCUCAUGAUGCCUCUCAGGCAGAGGUUUGUGCAGGAACUGUGGCUGAAGUCAUCCAGUCUGUGGUGAAUGGAGCAGAUGGCUGUGUGUUUUGCUUUGGGCACUCCAAACUAGGGAAAUCCUACACAAUGAUCGGUAAAGACGAAUCCAUGCAGAGUUUGGGGAUCAUACCUUGUGCCAUCUCCUGGCUCUUCAAACUGAUCAACGAGUGCAAGGAAAAGACAGGUGCACGGUUUUCUGUGCGAGUGUCAGCGGUGGAGGUGUGGGGAAAAGACGAGAAUCUGAAAGAUCUGCUGUCUGAGGUGGCAACAGGCAGUCUGCAGGACGGCCAGUCUCCAGGUGUUUACCUUUGUGAGGACCCCAUCUGCGGAAUGCAGCUGCUGAAUCAGAGUGAAUUGCGUGCUCCUACGGCAGAGAAGGCCGCUUUCUUCCUGGAUGCUGCGAUUGCUUCACGCUACAGCAGCAAGCCAGACUGUGAUGAAGAGGAGCACCGCAACUCUCACAUGCUCUUCACCCUGCACAUCUACCAGUAUCGCAUGGAAAAGACCGGAAAGGGCGGAAUGUCAGGAGGCAGGAGCAGACUGCAUCUCAUUGACAUGGGAAGCUGUGUGAAGGUUCUGAGUAAGACCCGAGACAGCACCACAGGACCAUGUCUCUCUCUAUCUGCCCUGGGAAAUGUCAUUCUGGCCUUAGUCAAUGGCAGCAAGCACAUCCCUUACAAAGAUAGUAAGUUAACCAUGCUAUUACGAGAGUCCCUGGGCAACAUGAAUUGCCGUACCACAAUGAUUUCCCACAUCUCCUCGUCACCCACCAACUUCUCAGAGACUCUGUCUACACUUCAAAUUGCCUCUCGUGUUCUUAGGCUGAAGAAGAAGAAGGCUAAAGUAAGCAUGCAAUACACAUCCAGUUCCUCGGGUGGUGAAAGCUCAUGCGAGGAAGGAAGAAUGCGUCGCCCAACCCAGUUGAGAACCAUCCAUUCAAGAAAUGUGGUUGAUUCAGAGAUGACCCUGUUACACCUCUCCAGUGACCCUGAAGACUACUCCAGCAGUGAACAGUCAUGUGACACUGUUAUCUACGUGGGUCCAAAUGGCUCAGCCCUCUCAGACAAAGAGCUUACAGACAACGAAGGUCCUCCUGAGUUUGUGCCUAUCAUCCCUUCCCUGCAUAAAAAUAAUGCAGAUCACAACAAGGCUCCUUUGACAUCACAACCAUCUCAAGAAGAAGCUGCAGACCUGAUAGCUGAACCCUCACUGUCUGUCCAGCCCUUGCAGAUCAACCAUCCCCAGUCACUUCCACCUGUGCCAGAAGAAGGUGCUGAGUCAGGCAAAAAGGAAAAAGACUGUCUCAAAUGCAACACUUUUGCUGAGCUUCAAGAGCGGCUGGACUGUAUUGAUGGAAGAGAAGAGGUGAUGCAAUUCCCUUUUGAAGAAGUUCCUGCCAAUAGAGUUACCAAAAUUGAGCCUCUUUCUAACCAUGGUCAAGUUUUUAAAGAAAUCCAGCAAUCAAGUUCACCCAAGAGGAUCUCCAAUGACCAGCAACUGGAGGAGAUCCGUGAGGUAGUUGAGGAAGCAGAAGUUGCUCAAUCAAUUAUUGAAAGCUUGGCACAUUGUUCAACAGGCACUUUAGGACUUUCCACGAGCAGAAGUGUGACAAUUAGCAGUGGUGUUGGGCAACUCACUCCUCUUCAAAAAACCAAAAGCUCCAGUUUGCAUGACAGCAGAGAAUCCAUCAAUGGUGGGAGUAGCAGUGAGGGCAAAUCUCGUCCUAUGGGCUCCCCACGGUUAGGCAUUGCCAGUCUUACUAAAACCUCAGAAUACAAACUACCAUCCUCUCCUUCUCAACGUUGCAAAGUAUACACCCAGAAGGGAGUAAUGCCUGGCACACCCCCUCACUCGUCUCAAGAUCUUUACAAAGAUUCUAGGAAAUCCUCCACUGAGACUUUGCCUAAUCCAGAGUCUAGAACCUCUCCAGUGGGCAUGAGCCCACAGGUCCUAAAUAGAUCUUCAUCCUCCAACAGCCUUGGAUCAGCUGAGACGCUGUGUGAUGAUGUUCCCCAGUUGCCUUUGGACAAUAAGAAAGAUGUCAAGGACACCACAGCCACGGUUACACUACAACAGCCUUUGGAGCCAAAUGGAGAGGAUGAGCUGGUGUUCACCCUAGUGGAAAAGAUGAUAAUUAGUGGGGUAAUGGAGAAUGGAAGACCAACCAGUAUUAUUAGCUUUAACAGUGACUGUUCAGUGCAAGCCCUUGCAUCAGGUUCAAGGCCUGUUAGUAUCAUUAGUAGCAUGAGUGCAGACUUUGAACAUCACAUCACUGCCCCCUGCACCACCACGGCCACCAUCUCAGAAGUCAACAUUGCAAAAUCCUUGCCUCUCAGCAGGAUUGAGGGAGAAUUGCAGGCAAGUCGUCGUUCCUCAAUAAGCUCAUGGCUGAGUGAAAUGAGCACUGGAAGUGAUGGUGACCAUUCAUGUCAUAGCUUUGUUACCCAGCAGUGCUUUGGACAGAGUGAAACCCUAGCUGAGGACAGACUUGUAGAAAUUCAAGAGGAAGUUGACAUUGAAGGUCUCUCUGAUUCAGAUGUGCAAAAUAACUCAGAAAUUGAAAAUGAUCUCCAUAAAACUGUCAAAAUGAAUAGUAAAAAUACCCCUACUAAACACAAACUGGAUAAGAUGUCCUCAGCCACAACAUCAGGUGGCUAUGUUCCUUUUAAGACCAAUGUUUCUCACACUUGUGCUGCUGUUAAACCAAUGGCUGUACAGGACUUACAAACCAAAACCACUUUAGUUAAUGAUCUCAUAUCCUCACCUGUUUCUACAUCAAGUGAGAUCAAUUUUGAAAACCCUUGGAUAAAAAGGAAGGGUGCUGUAGAGACCAAGGUGAAAGAGGUGGUCAUUGAGGUAAAGUCAGAGAAGAGAACAUCUGAAUCUAUAAAGGACAAUUGCCUAGCCGACAAGUACAGCUCAAGUAUUGAAGCAGCAUUUUCCCCUGAUUCAAUAAAUCGAGUGGGGGAUGGAUGCGAGAUGGUCAUCAAUGCAUCUGAAAGUAUAACUCAAGUGUACUCUACAGACAUACACAGAACAGGGAGUCUACCUCGAGCGUGGCAUCGUUUGAACAAGCAGGAUGAUCUAGAAGAUCCCACAUACCGCUACACUAGUGGGGAGUAUAAAAGUCUUGGGGUUACCACCUCUACUCCUUGCAGUCCUAGGGCCACUCUUGAAAGAAGAAAUUCUGGUGGUAGGCAGGGUAUUUUUACCCGUCAGAAAGGAAUCCCACCUUUGCCACCUGUAAGAAAGUCUAGCCUUGACCAGAGGAACAGAGCAAUUCCCCAACAUAAUCCUGGAAAUGCCCAGACACCAAACCAGUAUCUGUCUUUUCUUGGCAGCACACCUGAAGAUCUGGGUGGAAAUGGCAAACAUAAAUGCCCAAAUGUUGAAAGCAGCAGACUAUUUAGUGCCAAACUUGAGCAGUUAGCUAACAGAACCAAUUCCUUAGGAAGGUCUCAGAGGACGCAUUAUGACUGUCAGUCCCUGGAAAGGGCUGAGAGUUUGACCUCUCUGGGCUCUAAAGGAGGCACCACAAAAGACAGCACAAUGCCAAGGACAGGUAGGAGCCUCAACCGUGGCUUACUCUCAUCACCAACCAAUGGACCAAAUGGUAACAACAAUGUACCACAGUCACCCAAAGCAAGUCAGUCCAAAAUAUCUGCUGUGAGCAAACUGCUUAUGACCAGUCCCAAAGCUCGAAGUUUAUCAACGUCUAGCACUAAGACUCUAAGUUUCUCCACAAAGUCCCUUCCACAGUCAGUAAAUAGAAGCUCAAGUUCGCCACCUAAUGGAAAGAAUCAGAACCAGAACUCUUGGUCAACCCAGUCCCUAAGUCGCAGUAGGGGGACAGGACUAGUGUCUAAGCUGCCUUUAAGGGCAGUCAAUGGACGAAUCUCUGAGCUUCUACAAGGCAGUGCCAGCUCCCGUGCUACACAAGGACAAGGGGCUUCUGACACCGAAGAAAGAGGAGCAACAGUCCAAGGAGAGGAAAGGCCAGUGGUCCAUACUUUGCCUUCACCUUACAGUAAGAUCACGGCCCCAAGAAGGCCUCACCGCUGCAGUAGCGGGCAUGCUAGCGACAACAGCAGUGUGCUAAGUGGAGAACUUCCUCCUGCCAUGGGAAAGACUGCAUUGUUCUAUCACAGUGGUGGCAGUAGUGGCUAUGAGAGUAUGAUACGUGACAGUGAGGCCACAGGAAGUACAUCCUCAGCUCAGGACUCAAUGAGUGAGAACAGCAGUUCCGUGAGUGGUCGCAGGAGCCUGAAGAAUUCAAAGAAAAGAAGUAAUACCGGAACCCAGAGGCGGCGACUUAUCCCUAAUCUCACCCUGGAUACCUCCUCUCCUGUGAGAAAGCCUGUCAUAAGUCCAGGAGUACGCUGGGUGGACGGCCCCCUCCGGCCCACACAGAGGGGCCUCACCGAACCCUUUGAGAUCAAGGUUUAUGAGAUUGAUGAUGUAGAACGUCUACAGAGAAGACGGACAGUGGGCAAGGAAGUGGUAUACUUCAGUGCCAAACUGAAGAUCUUAGAGCAUAGGCAACAGAGGAUCUCAGAAGUGCGGGCCAGGUACGACUGGCUGAAAAAAGAGCUGGAGCAGACCAAACAACAUCUAAUGCUAGAGCCAGAGAAAUGGACCACUGAAUUUGACCUUCAGCAGACAUUUGAAGUGGACUCUCUGGAGUACUUGGAAGCUCUGGAGUUUGUCACGGAACGACUAGAAAACCGGGUCAACUUCUGCAAAGCUCAUCUAAUGAUGAUCACAUGCUUUGACAUCACCUGUCGGCGACGGUAAAGGAUUCACCAUGGAGUAUUAAGGACAAUGGGAAGUUGAAAAGGCUCCACUGGGUGUACGUGGGCAUGUAUGUGAGAAAGUUACAAAGUUUAUCACUACAAUGAUGGCUAAAAUGAAUGGGAAAAUACAAAAGGCUUAAUAUUUUUCUAAAGUGGGUUUUGUGGAAAAACAGAAAACGCUGGACUUGUAGGGUUGGAGAAAAAAAAAGUAAAAUGAGCACUUUGAAACUUUGGAUUUGUCGAUUGCAAAUAUGGUUUGCUCGCUUGCUGUGAAGAAUAGUAUUGCCAUAUGUGGGAAAAAAAUAAUACAUUGUUAAACAAAAAGAGAACAAAAAAGACAACAAGUGCCUUGUGAACACUUCAAUAUCUUCUAUGGAAAUCUAUGGAAAGAACUUUCCAUAUUUGUGUACAGAUGGUGCUAGCUUAAAAAAAAAACAUGCAUACAAACAAAAAAAGUUAGAAAAGUAAAAAAACACUACUUGUUAAACUAAGUGUUUAAACUCACUGUCUAUGUAACAUGUAUUUGUACUGUUAUACACUAGUUACAUGCAACAUGAACAUGUGUUUUAUAUUAUUUUUUGUAUUCUUUGAGACAACUGAGACCACAUAGAAUUUACUAUGCUAUAAAACCACCCAUCACGAUAUCUAGAAGAGUAAUAUUGGCAAUGGCUCAUUGAUUGUUCAGGUCCCCUGUAGGUAUGUUGGCAUUUUCAGCAGUGUGACGCCUGAUGCUGGGCCACUUCGGCAUGUCACGGUUGAGAAAUGAUGAGAAUAAUCCUCAGUCUGGCAGGACCAACAAGGAUCCAUAAACCGAUAAACCAUAAAAGCUUUUCACUGCAUGCCAAAUUAUUGGGCAUUUUUAAAGCAUCAAUUUUCUGCAAAUGCAAAACUUUCUAGCCAGGGGCGAAGGAACAAUCCAAAAGCAUCAAGAAAAGGUUGUGUCUUACAGUUUAUUGACAUCCAUCAGUGAUUGGUAUUGCAUAAAUAAAUAUGGACUGAGUAACCAAAUUUGUUCACAGACAUUUCCUUUUAGUGUUGGAUUGGAGGUUAGCACAAAUUGGAUACCUGUAUUGUAUCAAAUUUAAAUUUGUUUGUUUAGUUUGUUGAUUGGUUCAUCUCUAUGGCAAUAAAAGUCAUACCAUUUUGUACGAGCCAAGUCGUGCGAUAUUUUAUGAUUCCACGAUCUUGCGCAAAUUAUUAUGAAUUGUAACUAUGCUGGGAUUUCUGCUUUUAUUAUUAUUUUACAUGGCCGCUUAAUAUAUUUUAUUUGCCUUGCAGCCAACAAAACGAAACUCUUAAAAUAUCUCCCAAAAAGUGUUGUAAAAAGUUCUAGUGGGAAAGAUUUGUCCUCCGUAAUUAAAAGGGCUUUUACGACCCUGUAGCCCAAAUUGCAAGCAUGAUUAUUUCCUGAAAGGGCAUUGACGACAGAAAAUCUGUUUUAUUUUCCAAUAUUUUAAAUAAUCUAAAAUCAGAUAAUCAAAUUAACACCGUAGCGUUUCAGUCCAGUUAAGAUCAAAUGCAUUGUUCAUUGGCCUUCCCUCUAUGUGGUCUCAAUGUCAAUGUGCUAACCCUUUGGUAAAAAUCUGUUUAUAUACAUAUAUCUAUAGUGCUUGAGACAGUUUCAGCUCUAAACGUUUAUAGAUGAGAACAUAUAGCUUGUUUCAAGUGCUAACUAAAGACUUCAUACGCUUCUCCAUUCCCGCUUCGCCCCUCGUCCAUGCCCUGACCCCCAUGACAUUCCCGCUGAUAUUUUGGCAUUGUAAUGAAUGAAGGGUUUUACUUAUUUUUUACCUCAGGAGGCCUGUAUGACAGAGAUACUUAUAUUCUAUAAUUUAUUUACGCAUAAUAGCCUGUAAAGCACUAUGCAUUAAAAUUGUACAGUUGCUAAAUUCAUGCCAUAUAAAUAUAUAUAUAAAUAUUUACUUGCAUCUUACACUAUUUUCCUUCUUUAUAUAUAUAUAUAGUUUACUUUUCUGCAUUUAUUUAAAAGUUUUGUGUGUGUGAUUUUCUCUUUUCUGCAUUUCUUUAUAAAUGCACCUAUUGCCAAAUCAUGAGAGACGAGAGCGAAUACGAUUUCAAGAUGCUCCUGGUUGCCAUUCAUGUUUAUUCAUCAAAUGUUUCAUCACAGCCUGUCACAUGUGGAUUGUUCAACUAAUACAUUGUGUGGUAUACAGUGCAAUGUGAAAAGAAUAUUGUCAUUAAUACACUUUAAUGUUGACAAAGAUCUUCCCUUUCACCAAGUCAUGUGAAAAGAACUGAAAAAUAUCCAUUAAGAGUAUGUAUAUAUAUAUAUAUAUAUAUAUAUAUAUAUAUAUAUAUAUAUAUAUAUAUAUAUAUAUAUAUAUACAUUCGAUCAACAUAUUGCUUCAUGCUUUUACUGAAACAAGAGGCAUGAUUUAUUGUGCUAUGGGAAAAAUAGAGCUUGAAUGAGAAUUUGACUGACAUACAGACUGAUGUAAAUAAAGGACGUUUUGGAUGCAGUAUUCUUACUUUCUGCCUUGUUCUGGAUAAACAAAUAAUUAGCAUUCUUAUCCUAUACAAAACAUGAAUGAAAACCUUUCUAGUUCUAUAGUUCUCUGAGAGACUAUUAAAGGUUUUUUGUUUCUAGCCGGCCACUGAUUGUUUCUGUAAAAGUGUAAUCUUUAUUCUGCUGCACUGAACUGCAUUUUCAUUAGAUUUAUUAUAAAAUAAUAAUAAUAUGAGCGAAUCUUAGUCGGCCUAUUUUUAUCCAAUAAUUGUUAGAUUUCAACAUACAUUAAGCUUGAUUUGAGAUGUCUCUUUAAAUCUAACAGAUAUGCCUGAAUCCCCUUUGAUUUCAAAGUAGAUAAUCCACUAAUGAAGAGGCAUCAAUUUUUGACUGAAAAUCAUAUCUGACAUCAGUGAAACAGGAGAUUGUAAGAAAAAUCAAAGAUAAUUGCAUUAUAUGAUAUAUGAAAAUUCACAGUACACUUGACUGGGCUCAUACAGCUAAUUACACAGUUUCCCAUUUAUAAUCAUGCAGUCUAGGGAGGAAGAUGUCAUUAUCAUAACAAAAGUGAUCUGACUUAAAGUAAGCAUGAAAGCUUGGUAAGAGGAAAUAGUUAUUUGGUUCUAUCUUGAUAAGGGUGAAUAUCAUGAAGAAAUUACCUGGUAUUAUGUCACAACAAAGCCAAAAGAAAAACAAAAUAAGAAACUAGUAACUUUUGUAGGCUGCUUAGAAUUGUGCAAUGUCACAAUGGAAACAAUUUAAUGGUCUUUAUUUUAUUUUGUAAUAUACAAUUUAGGGAUGAAAUACAACAUUGAUAUUUCUUGAUAAAAAGCAGCAAGUGAAAUUCCAGCCAAGGUUAGUCAUUGGUCUUAAUAAGAAAUGAUGUCAUUGUGGGCACAACGAAGAACAAAUUGAGUUAUGAGUUGGUAAAGCCAGCAUAAAUGGGACUGCUGACAACUCAUCUCUCUAUAAAACACAACUUCCUUUUGUGCUCCAUUCUAGCUACUUUUUUUAAGAUGUUAUCUCACAGUAGAGCAUCUCCAAAAGCUGUUUGCUUUAGUGGACACAGAGUAAUCCUCUGACCCUCAUGAGGGUUAAAUAGAUUUAACUAGAAAAACAUGCUGUUAAAAAAAUGUCCGGAGAUUUGGGCCACUGACAAGCAAAAAAUGUCAUUUGCGCUGACUUGGGCGAAUGAAUGGCAUGUGGUGUUACCACAUGAAGAAAAGAUUUAUUCUUAUAUCAGUUGUAUAAUAUGGGUCAUUCCUGUUUUGCAGGAGAUUUUUUCCCAUGUACAUUUUUGUAUUUAAUUUAUUUCCUUAAAAUUGUAUACCAGACUUUCAGAUAUACGGUCUGGUCAAGCUCAGGCACUUUAUUAAUUAAAACAUGAUUAUUUACACAG